UUUCAUUUUAAUUACACCUUUAAUUACCGAACUGCGCUUUAUCGAACCCGCAGAUCCUCCGACGUCAUGAGAUACAGUUGACGUGUUGCAGCUGCGGGGGAAUAUCAAAUAUUGUUUCCACUUUUAACUGCGUUUACACAGCAGCAAGUUUGAUGUGUUGUUAGCAUGAGCUAGCUCGAUGCGAUAGUCAAUGUAACUUUCUGCUGAUGCUAACGGCUAACGGGCUAGUGAGGAGAUACGGUGGUUUUGUUUGUUUGCUAACUGCUAAAUGCUAAUUGUGUCCCUCUGUAGAAAUGGCUUCGGCGACAGAACCAGCGAUGUGCUCGGCUGCAGCGGCCGCGGCAGAGUCCAUAGUGCCCGCUUGUAUGUUUGCACCUGAGCGGGGGUGCGCGGACGAUCCAGCCGGGGAAGAGGGCUUCGAGGACGGCGAGGAGACGAACGGCGAGCCCGCGGAUCAUUUAGACCUGAGCAGUAAGCUGGUGCUCGUGAGUCCAUCAGCAGAACAGUACGAUUCGUUACUACGACAUUUGAGGGAGCGGAUAGAUGAGGGCUGUGGGGAAACCAUCUACGUGGUCGGAAUGGGCUCAGAUGGAGGUGACUAUGGUCUGGAUGAGAAGGACAUGGAGGCGUCGGUAGCCACGGUGAAGUCGCUGUGCGAACAGAUCGAGGCUGACCUAAUCCUGCUAAGGGAGAGGAUGGACACUGGUGGACAGAUUCAGGACUACCUCAUCAGACGCCGUGUCGGCGAGCAGGAUUUCCUGGAAGUCAGAGUGGCGGUUGUAGGGAAUGUGGAUGCUGGGAAGAGCACUCUGUUGGGCGUUUUGACCCACGGCGAGCUGGACAACGGCCGAGGCUUCGCUCGCCAGAAGCUCUUUAGGCACAAGCACGAAAUGGAGAGCGGCAGGACGAGCAGCGUGGGCAACGAUAUCCUGGGUUUUGAUCAGGAGGGAGAGGUGGUUAACAAGCCCGACAGCCACGGUGGCAGCCUCGACUGGACCAAGAUCUGUGAGAAAUCCUCGAAGGUCAUCACCUUCAUUGACCUGGCCGGCCACGAGAAGUACCUCAAAACCACCGUCUUUGGCAUGACUGGACACCUGCCCGAUUUCUGCAUGCUCAUGGUUGGCAGUAACGCCGGCAUCGUUGGCAUGACCAAAGAGCACCUGGGUCUGGCACUGGCCCUAAAUGUGCCAGUGUUUGUGGUGGUUACUAAGAUCGACAUGUGUCCAGCCAACAUCUUGCAAGAGACGCUAAAAUUAUUACAGAGGUUAUUAAAGUCUCCGGGCUGCAGGAAAAUCCCAGUGUUGGUCCAGAACAGGGAUGACGUCAUCGUCACGGCCUCCAACUUCAGCUCAGAGAGGAUGUGUCCGAUCUUCCAGAUCUCAAACGUGACCGGGGAGAACAUGGACCUGCUGAAGAUGUUCCUAAACCUCCUGUCUUCUCGAACCAUCUUUAGCAAUGACGAGCCAGCAGAGUUCCAAAUAGACGACACAUACUCAGUACCGGGUGUGGGCACAGUAGUUUCUGGGACUACGUUACGUGGAAUGAUUCGGCUCAACGACACGCUGCUCUUAGGCCCGGACCCGCUCGGCACCUUCAUCCCCAUCGCCGUUAAAUCCAUCCACCGCAAACGGAUGCCGGUGAAAGAGGUCCGCGGGGGACAGACGGCGUCCUUUGCUCUCAAAAAGAUCAAACGUUCCUCCAUAAGGAAAGGAAUGGUGAUGGUCUCGCCAAAGCUGAUGCCACAGGCCACCUGGGAGUUCGAGGCGGAGAUUUUGGUGCUGCACCACCCGACCACGAUAUCGCCGAGAUACCAGGCCAUGGUUCACUGUGGCAGCAUCAGGCAGACAGCCACCAUCCUGACAAUGAACAAAGACUGUCUGAGGACAGGGGACAAGGCCUCAGUCCAUUUCCGCUUCAUUAAGACGCCCGAGUACCUGCACUGUGACCAGAAGCUGGUGUUCAGGGAAGGACGCACCAAAGCUGUGGGCACAAUCAUCAAGCUUCUCCAAUCAGUGAGCACCCAGGCAGCUAAGGCCCAACUGUCCAAGAUGCAGGCCAGUAAAAAGACUUUUAAAGAGGGCACAGCGGCCAAUGAGGAGGCUGGAUCAUCAGCACGGCCGCCCAGUCCCAACGCAGCACAUCUACCAACAGCGGCAGAGGACGAGGCUCAGUGUAAAGACGGCAACAAAGAAAACAAGCUGAAGUCAGGCAGCGGCGGACGCAGGAGAGGAGGUCAGAGACAUCGAGGGAAAGGCCUGAACCCGGCAGCAAUCCCCACAGCAGUGACGGCAGGAGCAGCCGGCACAGCCUAAAAAAAACCACAGCAAGUCUCCUCAGCUCAUCAUCUCGUCACAGAGAGGAAAAGUGACUGCAUCGCCCUCUGGUGGUUGUAUAUAGACUAACUGCGCAUGUUUCUUUCAUAUAAAAAAAGAUUAUUCGGCCAUUUUCAAUCCAAGCAGAGUGAAUUCUGUUCCCACAGAAAGUUGUUUUAAAGUUGUAUUGGCGUCUUUGCCUGUGGGCUGCUGAUGGUGAUCAAGUGUUUUUUUAGUUUGGGUGUUUUCUUUUUGGAAUUUUUGGGGGUUACAUUACACAACAUUUGCUUUGGUAAUGUCCGUUUUGGGGGUUUUCACCUUGUCUGUGGUUCAUCAGAACUUCUCUUCUAGCAUUAACAGAUUCUCCCAGUGAGCAGAGGCAUCAGUCACUUUCCCUCCCUGAACAUUUUCCAACCUUCAAACCCUCUUCUCCUCGUUCUGCAUCUUUCUCCUGUUCAACACAACCUAGUUUUCUGUAUUCACCUUAACGGACGGCAUUAGUCUCCAUACAAUCAACUCAGUCAUUUAAAGAGGUAGAGAAACAGUGUUUAGCUCUAGAACGCUCCCUGUCACUGAGACUGACAACUUGAUUUUAGAUGUGUUGGCUCAUCCUUCAGCUGUUGGUCUCCCCUGCUGAUAAUCUCUCACUGGUGUCCCACAGUUGGCGUUGGGUAAAUUCUCUGACCAUUAACAGGGACGUUGUUUUCUUACCUUGGGGACGUGGCCACUGAUGCACUAGUGUUUACCUGAUGUUACUCGUCAGGAAGCAUCUCUGUGCAGAUGAAGACAAAACACGGUCUCAUCUAUUUUAUAACCUUAAGACUAAACCCGCUGUCUGAAGCCCACGUUGACGUUUUAAUAUUCAUGCAGGUGUCGUGUUGCCAAAUCAGAAAAUGUAUGAAUUGUUCCUGCUUUCUCUCAAGUAAAGUCCAGUGUAAGUGAGGUUCUGUCACAUGUGCAGGUCAUAGUGAGGUCACCCCCACUCAGUACUCUGUUUAUUAGGUACACCUGGCUUAAACUAAAGAUUCUAUCCACAGGAAGUUUACAAUCAAAACUUUCUAGAGUGUUUCUAGUGUUUGUAUCACUGGCAGGUGUUUCUGUUAUUUUGUCCACCCCAUUUAUAUCACAAGGAUAGAAACUAAUCCUCCAUAGUGUCCAAGCAGUUCACUGUAAAACAGUUUCAACACAUUAGAACUGUCAUGACGGGAGGUUUACUGCAGGACUUAGUUUGAGCUGCUUGUUCCUAAUAAAGUGGAAACUGAGUGAACAACAAGCCAAACAGGUGUAAAGCACAAAGUUCUUCCAUUAUGCUGCAGUGUGACUGCCAGAAAGAGUCCAGAAGCUGAUCCUCUCAUGCACAGAAAGAUUCAUCCUGUAUUUCUACUCCUGGUGGUUCACACCUUAAAAGUCAAAAGCCAAGUAAGAACAUAUGUAACUCACCAGAAGAGGAUUCUGCACAUUACAUCAUUUUACUCCAUAUGAAGAAGUAGCUGCAAAACAUAUUGUCAAAGAGGAAUUUAUAUAACACAGGUUGGAAGGAAUUUCUUUCAUGUUGAUGAGAAACCAUAAAAACAGAAACUUUUUGUUCACAGAAGAGUUUUAAAAAGUAAUUUCUACCUUAUAAGCUUUAAUAUAAACCGGUGAUCACAUCAGAUUGAGCAAAAACUAAACCGAGUUUAUUUCCUCCAACAACUUCUGGUUUUUAUCAAGAUGUUUAAGGACCCCGUUCCCAGUUUUGAAGUUUAACUCAAGUGUUAUCACAGUUUUAGGGUCUUUUUCAACACACUUAAAUUUCAUACUGGUCAGUCUGAGUCUCUAAGGAUCUUAAACUACACAUUUUACGAUUGUCAAGAACUCCCAGAAGCUGCCAGAAUGUUUCCCUCUUCUCUCCUUUUGACUGUUUUCUUUCUUACUGGUUGUGCAUGGAGUUAUUUUUGAAGGGACACAUUUUGUGUGUAUCUAUGUACAAAAAAAGAUUUAAAAAAGUUGUGCAGACGAACUAAGGUAAAAAAAAAAAAAGAUGCCAUUUAAAUUAAGUGGUGUCAGUUUGUGUUGUAAAUCCUUUUAAAUAAAGAUGUUAUAGAAA